GCCGCCGCCAGACUGCACAGCUGCUUGUUGUCAUGGAGGAGCAAAGAUGGCGGUCCUGGCCUAUAGCCUGGGCAAACGCGAAAUAAAUCAACAUUUCACCAUUAAAAAUGCCAAACUGAUAUCGCUGGCGGCUGUCCUUUUACUCCUCGUUUUUCAUAUUACUUCGCGGUAUUAUGGAGGCAGGGACUCGUGUGAAUGGCUGCUGUCCAGAGGACGUUACUUGGGGGAGGAUGUAUGGCAGCCUUAUGGCUGCAUGAUGCACAAAUACAAAAGCAUUGAAGCCAAAACCUGCCUUGCUGAAAAGCGGGUAGCCUUUGUUGGCGAUUCACGAAUCAGGCAGCUGUUUUACUCCUUCGUCAAAAUUAUCGACUCUGAGCGAAAAGAAGAGGGGAACAAGCAUGAGGACAUUUCCUUUGAAGACAAGAGUUACUCUAUUAAUGUGGACUUUCUGUGGUACCCAGAGGCAAAUAAUUCAAUGAAGGAACGCUUGAUAUCAUGGACACAUGAAGCUUCAGCAAAGCCAGACGUUAUCAUCCUUGGAGCCGCCACGUGGUCCAUCAAGUUGCACGGUGGCAGCGCCGAGGCCCUCCAGCAGUACAGAGUCAACUUGACUGCAAUUGUGGGGCAUCUGGUGAAGCUAGCUGAGCAUGGGGAGGUCUACUGGGUGCUGCAAGAUCCAGUAAAUGAGGAGGUGUUAAGUGAGAACAGAAAGAUGAUAACCAACCAGCAGCUGGAGCUAUACAAUGAAGCAGCAGUGGAUGUGCUCAACAGCAGCAAGCGUAAUGGCAAAUCUCGGGUCAGGCUGAUGGCCGCUUCCCGUCAGGCUGCACUGGAAACUAUCAUCAAGUCAGAUGAUGGUUUGCACCUGCCUGAGAGCACCAGGAAUGUGGGAGCCAUGAUCCUCAUGAACUCUGUGUGCAACAAGAUACUGAGGCCCAUUGAUGGUUCCUGCUGCCAGACAUUGCGACCCCCUAACUUGCUCCAGAAACUGUCAGCUUGCUUCUUCCUCGGUUCGGCCGUAGUUUUUGUGGUCUUCCACCUCCUUGGCAACAGUCGCCACCGCCGACAUGUGCCCCCUGAUGUGGAGAGCCUGGAGGAGAAGAAGCCAGCUACUGCAGCUGUUCCCCUUGGUCCAAAGGCGCCUUUCCAGGCUCUCUGCAGGAUGGGCAUCAUAAUGGGCUAUUUUUACCUUUGUGACAGAGCAGAUAUGUUCAUGAAAGAGCAGAAGUUUUACACACAUUCCACAUUCUUCAUCCCGCUCAUCUACAUAUUUGUACUGGGAGUGUUCUACAGUGAGAACAGCAAGGAGGCAAAAUUACUCAACCGAGAACAGACAGACGAGUGGAAAGGCUGGAUGCAGCUUGUCAUCCUCAUCUAUCAUAUAUCUGGAGCAAGUGCUUUCAUCCCAGUGUACAUGCAUGUGCGGGUGCUGGUGGCAGCGUACCUGUUUCAGACUGGCUAUGGACACUUUUCCUUUUUCUGGCUCAAAGGAGACUUUGGACUUUACAGAGUAUGCCAGGUGCUUUUCCGUCUGAACUUCCUGGUGUUGGUGCUGUGUGUGGUAAUGGACAGACCGUACCAGUUCUAUUACUUUGUUCCCUUGGUCACCUUCUGGUUUGUCGUUAUCUACACCACGAUGGCCAUGUGGCCUCAGAUCCUUCAGAAGACAGCUAACAGUAGCAGCAUGUGGCAUUUUGGGGUCUUAGCAAAGUUACUGGGCCUCCUAAUGUUCAUCUGCUUUUUUGCCUUUUCACAGGGAGUUUUUGAGCGUGUCUUCUCUGUCUGGCCCAUCUCUAAGCUCUUUGAGCUGAAUGGAAGCAUCCAUGAAUGGUGGUUCAGAUGGAAGCUGGACCGAUUUGCAGUGAUACAUGGCAUGUUAUUUGCCUUCAUCUAUCUGGUGCUGCAGAAGCGUCAGGUGCUGUUGGAGGGAAAAGGAGAUGGUCUCUUCUCAGCCAAGAUUUCCAACCUGCUCCUUUUCCUCUCUGUUGUCUCCUUCAUAACUUACUCAAUAUGGGCAAGCAGCUGCAAAACCAAAACAGAGUGCAACGAGAUGCAUCCCUAUAUCUCUGUGGUCCAGAUCUUGGCUUUCAUUCUCAUCAGGAACAUUCCUGGCUACGCCCGCUCUAUAUAUAGUUCAUUCUUUGCAUGGUUUGGAAAGAUCUCCUUAGAGCUUUUCAUUUGCCAGUAUCACAUAUGGCUUGCGGCAGACACCAAGGGGAUUUUGGUCCUGAUCCCAGGAAACCCCUCACUCAACAUUAUGGUCAGCACCUUCAUCUUUGUUUGUGUGGCUCAUGAAAUUUCCCUCAUCACCAAUGACCUGGCCCAGGUGGUCAUCCCCAAAGACAGCAUGGCCCUGCUGAAGAGACUGGGGGCCAUGGGGAUUCUCAGUCUCAUUGUAUUGCUGGUGUCCAGGGUUAGCCAGCCCACACCUGGCGUCUGAUGGACACCUCCUGAGGGGAGCCGGCAGGGAAGGAGAUCCACUAAGCCCCUGCUGAGAUUGAAGUUGGGCACAGAUGGAAGUCAGGAGCCAGCCCUGUGUUUUAGCUACUGGUGAGAUAUAAGGCAGCAUCAGCAGUGACCUGCGGGAGAACGGUGUCUGUCUACUGGCCACAUUUGAGCACAGUCUGUACUUUCUGACUGCUGUGAAAGUCUCACACUGAAGAAAAGAAAAAUGCCCAAAAGAAGAGGAGCCAGUCCUUUCAGGGCAAGUCCAAAUUGUGGGGGUGGGGGCACACUGAAAUGUUUACAGUAUCUGGUUUCUGGAUUUGGAAAUGCAGAAUCUCAACACAAAGCAUGACGUCCUCCUUUUAAGACGUCACGCUUGCUUUGCUUGGCAGCAUUGCUAUUUAGCCAAACCCUGAUGAGCUUAUUUUGUCGCAUGCAGAACUUUCUGUAAUCGCUUUGGGAGGGAUCGCUCAGCACACCCACUCCGUCCGUGUUUCAGUACCAGUUGAAGGGGGUUUCACUCAGGUGGAUCCGUAACUUGCAUAUUCAGAUACCUACUCUUUUACAAUAAAUGCGUUAAACUGUGCUGCAUUUUCUGAUCGGCAUCACGUUGUACAGGAUUUCUGGUGACUUCAAAUGGUGUCAGAUAUCUAAAUAUAAGAAAUAGGGACCAACAACUGGCUUGGAUGAUCAGUAACUGAUGAGAGUAAAAAUUUGGAGUGCAAUGGUUAAAAUGUUGGAAUAUCCUCCAACCGUGUUUUUUUUGUUUUGUUUUGUUUUGUUUUUUUGUGUAAAUUUUAGAAAUGAAAGGCUGUGGUCACCUGCUGUAGCUAUGAAAUUCUAUGUGACAUGUACAGUAUUUAAUUAUUUUAAAUUAAGUUUAUAUUUUAUACAGUUUUUGUUUGUUUUU